ACUUUUCCUCUUUCAGUUUUUGCCUCUUGGCUUUCCCUCUCUUUGUAAGCCCCAAGCUCCCAGUCGCAUGGGCGUCGGAGCAUGCAAGAGGAAGUCUACAUUCUUAUAUCCUGACCAAUUCUGUGCCUCCCCUGUAUCUCAUCGAUAAUGGCCGAACAACAACAAGAUGAACAGCAAGCUAUCGAGCAGCCUGCACCUCCCCAGACUUCACAACCCGAUGUAUCAGUUAACGAUUAUUCGGUUCCACUAGCUGCUGAUAACGACUUGAAUGGACAAGAUGCUUCACCCAGGGCUCCAGACAGAGAUGACCGAAAGAUAUUGCCAGUUCAAGCGAGUCUACAAAAUGGUCACACGUCGUACCAGUUACUCCAGCCUUCGAUCCACUCACCGAUCAAUGCAAACGGGAAAACCCCCGUGCAGAAACCCAGUGUAAAAUACUUACGCAAAGACCAACAUCUGAUCAUCCCCACUCCACUCGGUAUGUCACCAGUUGAAAAUGUGAAAGGGCGCGCUCGUACACACGCGCAACUAUCUGCACGCUACUGGAGAGCAACACAUUUCACCUACGCCGAGAUUCGAAAGAUGAUAUUGCCAUCUCACAACCAACUACAAGUGUGUCAAGCCGUAGAUUCUAAAGCCUACCAAGCAAGAAACGAGAUUUUCAACGAUUGGAAUCUAGCAACUUGGUAUGAUGGAUUCGAAACGGAUCAGCCGGAGCUAAAAGAUUUGGUCAUGGCUGCUUUCAGCGCCGCCUGCCAGUUUAACUGCGACAUUCGCGAUGUCGGCGUGCUUAAUAGACCGGACAUGCAAGUGAACGACUCGGCAUGGGCCGUUACCCAAAACGUGCCUCCUGAACGAUUGGAGAACAAAAUUCAACCAUUUUCCAUACAGUGUAUAGCUGCACUUAACUACGAGCCCGUCGGACGAUAUUCGUUAGCAGCUUACGUGCGAGCUUUCGGUAUAGGUAUUGGCAUACUGCCCUCGAAGACGUCAGAAAUGCAAAUGGAAUGGAGAUUCUCUCUCGCUCCGCCUAGCUAUGAAAGUGUGAUGGCGGUGAAUCAGUUUCAGGCAGCUUAUCAACGUCCGCUCGACACAUUGUGCGCUAAUAUACUAGCCAUGUUCGGCAUUUUGCAUCUUGCAAAGGACAGAACCUAUAAGUCUAACGACAUUAAUAUGGAUAGGAUAUGCGCCUCGUAUAUCAAGACUCUGCGUACGGAUGUGACUCAAUAUGUGGACAUUGAUAACAUGCUGGCACACAAGGAGGCAAUAGCACGCACCGGACCCCACCCAUUCGGAUUAGCGCAGACGCUGUGGAUAGCUCGAGUGAUGGGGCGACAUGGACUUCUUACGGCUCCACUUGCUCUCAGGCUUAAUGCGACACCUCCUCCCGUGCAACGACUAAUGCUAGCACAUGCUUGUUCGCGCGAGUGGGCAAACUUUCCAGCUUUUUAUAUGGUGCAGAGGGCGGUAUGA